AUGAGUAACAACUCGACAUGCAUUCAACCAUCCACCAUUUCUACCACAGCUUUACCGAUCACUUAUGUCUUUUUGUGUGUUGUUGGUCUCUUUGGAAACUCACUUGCUCAGUGGGUAUUUUUAACAAAAAUAGGUAAGAAAACAUCAACGCAUGUCUACUUGGCAAAUCUUGUGACUGCAAACUUACUUGUGUGCACUGCCAUGCCUUUCAUGGGUAUCUAUUUCUUGAAGGGUUUCUAUUGGAAAUAUCAAUCUGUACAAUGCAGACUGGUCAAUUUUUUGGGAACCCUAUCCAUGCAUGUGAGUAUGUUUGUCAGCCUCUUAAUUUUAAGCUGGAUUGCCAUAAGCCGUUAUGCUACCUUAAUGAAAAAGGAAUCCAUGCAAGAGGCUACCUCAUGCUAUGAGAGAAUGUUCUAUGGUCACUUACUAAAAAGAUUUCGCCAGCCCAACUUUGCCAGAAAAAUGUGCACUUACAUAUGGGGAGUUGUGCUGGUCAUAAUUAUUCCUGUUAUCCUAUACUACUCAGUUGUAGAGGCUACAGAAGAAGGAGAAAGACAGUGCUACAAUCGGCAGAUGGAACUGGGAGCCAGCAUCUCUCAGAUUGCAGGUCUCAUUGGAACCACAUUUAUUGGAGUCUCAUUUUUAGUAGUAGUAACAUCAUACUAUUCUUUUGUCAGCCAUCUGAGAAGAGUAAGGACCUGCACCUCCUUUACAGAGAGAGAUCUGACCUACAGAUCUGUGAAAAGGCAUCUUUUGAUCAUCCAGGUCCUCUUAGUAGUUUGCUUUCUUCCAUAUAGUAUUUUUAAACCCAUUUUUUAUGUUCUGCACCAGAGAGGAGACUGUCAGCAGCUGAAUUAUUUAAUAGAAGCAAAAAAUAUCCUCACUUGCCUUGCGUCAGCCAGAAGUAGUACAGAUCCCAUUAUAUUUCUUUUAUUAGAUAAAACAUUCAAGAAGACACUAUAUAAUCUCUUUACAAAAUCAUAA